AAUCCUGAUCACAGUUCUCUGUAGUCACAAUAAAUCCUCUUUUUCAGCACGGCACAUCCAACCCCUGCAGAGAUUUUGCUCCGUCCAGGAAACCCCUCCAGCAACAGCGUUGUGGGAGUUGCCUCCACACAGGUGUUCAGGCAGAUCCAUCCCCUGGCAAACAGCACCAACAACUCAGACUGAAGUCAGGACCAAAAGGGAGCAAGGAACCAAUUGCAGUCCCUCAUUAGAAAUCACUUCUGCUUAAUUCCUGCAACUGCUUUGGGAGCAACUCCAAUUCCGGAGGCUGGAUCUCCACCUAAGCCCUGUCAUCAGAUGCUCCAGUCACGGGAUGCACUUCCAGCUGGAGUGAUGAGCCCUAAUCUCUGUGAUUUGGGAGGACAUUUGGGGACAUGUUCAUCUCUACACUGCUUAAUUGCUUUCCUGAAUAGAGAUGUUCCCAUCCCACGGAACUCAUUUCCCAGCCCGGGGUCUGCAAUGAGGCUCAGCCUUCAAAGCGUCAAACACACUGAAAACGGAAAAAAGCCACGACAGAAACAGCUACAGGGACCUGAGAGGGUCUUCUGGUGGAACCUGAGCCAGCUCUGCAGCCCCACAGCAGGACAACAAUGCCAGGGAAUGGGAAUGAGCAAGCCCACGGCACGGACACGGCGGACGGGGACACGUGUGCGGGUCGGUGACACUCACACCGGGAGCAGCCCCAGCCUGCCAGGCUUGGCACCUGAACAAGCAACACUUCUGGCAGCAGCACAAGGAAUUCAGGCCCUUGCAAGAGGAUUUUCAGGAUGCACAGCACAACCUCUAACCAGAGCCCUCACAAAGAGUUCCCGUGCCCAGGGUGGAAAUGCAGCCGCGUGGUCUGGACAGGCUGGGAGUUCAGCACUGAGAAACCACAAAAUCAUACUGCAAAAAACCAUGAUCUGUAAGUACAGAGAGACUUUUACAACACUCCUUCACACGCUGGUUUGUCCUCUGCACUCAGAAAAGCCAGCUCAAAGUGCAGCUUAGGCACAAGAAAGGGCUCAAGCAAACAGCUCCACUGAGCCCAAAUUAAGGGCCUUCCUCUGCAUCUGCAUGUGUGCAUUGACACAAAAUGGUAGGAACAGGCAGUUUCCAAAUAUGUUUUCAUCUCCAGUUAGUGGCUGAGAAGUGAUCCCUGUAGGAACAGGCUAAAUAAAUAUAAAUGUAUAUAUAAUACCUGUCUGAAAUCCGUAAAAUGGUGGACAAUAGGGAUCUUUUCACAUUACAGGCUUAAAAGCAAGAUAAUCCCUUCUCUUUUAUAAGCAGUGUGAAUACUUUCCCAGCAAACAUUCUGAAGGUUUAAAUGAAUUCAAUGGUAUUUGUUCCAAGCCUUUAAGAAGAGGUAAGAAACCUGAAACAAGGGUUGUGUGGAGAUAAGGAGCCUUAGGCCCUUGUAAUCCUCAGCUUGCUUUUGUAUCCCGAGAAAAUGCAGGGCUUUGUUGCAGACAGUUGGCUGCUCCUUGGACAUCACUAAUCCCUUGGGCAGCAGUCUCUGCGUUUGCCAGCAAGGAAAACCCUCGUCAUGAACGAGUUUUGUCAUCUCCCAGUGCAAUGAAGAGAUUCCUGCAACACAGUCAAUUGGUAAGUCCUUUCCUGGGUGCUAAUUUGGUUUAUUUUCCUGUAGAAACCUCAUGGCAGGAAACAGUUGAUUUGAGAAUAAAGCAACAGGCAAGGCAUGUCCCCCCAGUUUGCUUUUUUGCUGUAAUUUCUCACUCCCUGCCUCCCUGGGGGUGAGCUCCAAGGGCAUGCUCUGUGCCACUCUGGUGUUUGCCUGUGAGAAAAAACCUUAAUUCUUAUGAACUCUUGGCUUUUAAAGUUGCUUUAUGACUUCCAGCUUUGAGGAGCUCCAGCAUAAUUUAUGAGUUUCUGAGGGUGUUCCCUACUGACUCUGCCACAGCGUGGAUUUUAAGCCACAGGUUGCUAAAAGCAGCCUCAAUGACUCCUCUAGGGCUGGGAGGACACGGUGAGAUUUUUCCAAGGCAGUUUUAUUUAGGAUUUACAGGAGCUGAAUUAGAGGGAGGUAUCAGCAGUCUUUUAUGUGAGCAAAUACCCAGUGACAAAUAAUUCCUGGUGGUAUCCAGCCCCUAGCACCCAUUUUUCCAGGAAGCCAAGCCUGACAGGUUGUCUUUAAGCUGGUAUCAAUCAGUAGAAGAGAACAGCUGAUCACACACAAAGUACUAGGAACCAGCAUCUGGAGAGGCAGAGGGACCCAGGAUUUAGGAUGCUGGUCAGGAACUGGGAGCGUUCUGCUCCCGGACACUGAGUGUCCAGUGCCCUCAGUGCAGCGGGAAUAACAAAGCUGUGAAUCCCCCCCAGUGUCCCAGAAGGAAAGCCCAGUGUGCAGCCCUUUGGAGUCACACGCUCCAGUUCCCACCCAUCCCACAGGUAGAAAACAGAUCCACACCCAAUUCUGUAUUUCUUGCAGAGCAGCCAAAGUCACAGUAAAAUCAGAUUAGAUGAGAACUAUCAAUAAGAACUCGUUGCCUGCUCUCCCUCAGGAUUUCAGGGGUGUCUGUGUAUUCCAUCUGACCCUGCAGCAUAAUUAGUGAUGGAUCCAUUAUGGUAAGGAUGGCUCAGUCUCGGGAAUGAUACAUUUGAGAUCACAGACUUAGUAGCAGAGUUUUCCAAGAGAAAAUAUGUUCCUAUCACAUUUACUCCUCAAUUACUGCUAAUGAAUACAAAUAACUUGCUUACUUAAAGCAAUUAUAAACCUCGUGCUAAGAAACCAAAAUUAGGUUAAGCAAGCACAACUCAUUUAUUCCCCAUUUCUCCACUGGCAAAAUAAUUCAAUUACAUUUUGCAAUUUUUAAGAAUGCUCUGUAUAAAUCACUGAUUUUAUUCUAAUACCAUUAUUGAAAAGGCUACAGGGUUUUUUUAGGAGCUGCAAAAGCUUUCAGGAGUCCAGAUUCUCCCCACACCUGGUGUAAAAGCGGAUGAACAUAUGGGAAUGGUUUGGUUUGAAUGUUCAUUCUUCUCCCCACUUCUAUAGAAGCAUUUUGCAGAUGUUUUCUUUUCCACAGAUAUUUGCCAGCUUUGUCAGGAACUAAAUGACAGCAAGGAAUCCAAACCUGCCUCAUGGUGGGCAAUUCUCUUUUGCUCUGACCACGACAGCCUUUCCAGAGGAACAUAAAAGAGGAGCUUUUUAACUUUUUUGCAAGUUAUUAUUUUCCUGUUACCAUUAAAAGAACCUGAUGGCCAGACCUGUAUCUUCUGAAAUUCUAUCCUUAUUUCCUUUUAUUUGAUUUCUUUCAGAUUUCUUUCUAAACUUUCCUCUUUGAUGCCCACAUGGAACUUAAAAUGCUUUUUUUUUUUUAUGCUGUCUCUCUGCAGAAGUUUCUGGCUCCUUAGGAAGGCACAAAGCUGUGCACACACAGGUUAUGUAAACUCCUUCUACCUUGGCUGCCCAAUCUUCAACAGGUUUGGGUUUAUUUAGUGCCAAAAGAAUGAUAGAGCUGCAUAAGUUUAACCUCUUUAUCUUUGUCCUCCUCCAGUGAUUUAGCUCCUGGCUCACCUAAAUAAUUAACUCCAGCAAUGUCUUAUAAUCAAACUUUAAAUCAGAGUCUGUGACCACUUGCCCUGGAUUUAUGCUGUUAGGAUUUGUAUUGUUGUCUUUAACUUUUCCAAAGUAACGGUGCUGGUUUAUGUUUUGACAUAACACAGACACUGAGGUGUCUCUUUUCAUCAUCCCUCAAGUACUUCAACUAAUCAGCAUUUCUGGUCCGUGGUUACAGUCUCCUGGCAACAAAACUUUAUCUUAAACUGAUCCUUGUUGUUUUGGAGACCCUGAGCCCAGAGCAUGUUGUAGCUCUUCUUUUUACAAACACAGUACUUUUCCUUGGUUUUCCUUAUUUUUCCUUUUUAUUCCUCAUUUGCCUCACCUAUUGCUUGCCUGAAAUAAAGCGUUGGGAAUAUGUGAGCAUUUAGACACACACUUCAGAUUCCUACUUCUGGUUGUGUUGACACGAGAAACAAAAGCAGGUCUUGCACAGAAACAGUGACAUCCCCAUUCCGUGUUUUCUUGUGUAGGAUCAGCCCAGAUAACAGGUUUCUGGCAGUGGGGUCACAGGAACACACUGUGGAUUUCUAUGAUCUCACCCAAGGCACAACCCUGAACCGAAUCAGGUACUGCAAGGACAUUGCCAGCUUUGUCAUCCAGAUGGACUUCUCUGCAGACAGCAGGUACAUCCAGGUCUCCACGGGCGCCUACAAGCGCCAGGUUCACGAGGUGCCCCUGGGGAAGCAAAUCACAGACCCUGCAGCCAUAGAGAAGAUCACCUGGGCCACGUGGACCAGGUACAGCCAGGGACAUCUCCCGCGGGCUCUGGCACACCCCUGGGGCUGUGCUGAGCACACUCCAAGCACACGCUGGUAACAGGCCCAGCACACACUAAGUACACGCCAAGUACAACCAAACACGUGCACACACCAAGCUCGUGCCACACGCACACCGGGACGUGCCAAGCAUGUGCUAAGUACAUACCAUGCACACACCAAGCACAUGCUAAGCACUCACACAUCACGCACAUGCCAAGUACACACGUGUGCCAAACACACACUGCAGACAUGCUAAUCACACCCACAUGCCAAGAACAGGCUGUGCACAGGCACAGGCCAUGCCACACACGCCACAUGUGUGCAAACCCUGUGUGCCCCCUGCCCAGGAGGGGCAGUGCCAUCAGCUGGUCCCUCUGGCAGCACGGAAUGCUGUGGGAAUUCCCUGGGGAGGUAUUAAAGGCCAGGCAGAGCCCAGGGAUGGGGUCAGUCCAGCUGGAGCAGGGGGUGGCUCAGCCCUCCUGGGCCCAGAGUCGUAGCACCGUGUGUGGAAAGCAGGGGGUGGGAGGCAAGGCUGGAGCCCAGACUGCUGGAAAAGUAUUCCAAGGCACUUCAUGGAGAGAAAUUUAGCCAAAUGUAUGUAUUUAAAAGCAAAAUGGACUUAAAACCGUGAUCCUUUGCUCAUCCAAUUCCAGAAAGCUGCAGCGUGCCCCCCUCCUGCUCAGGAAAGGCUCCCAGCUUUCCUGGGGGCCCCCGGGUGGAUUCGGCAGCGGGGGUGGUCGGAGCCUCCCCCUCCUGCCCAAACGGCCAGGCCUGGAAUUUGGGAAGGGAAGAGCCUGGGAUUUUCUCAGUGUUUUCUCCCUUUGCAGCCCUGGUUUGAACAGCACAGGACUGGGCCAAAGCAGCUCCAUCGAACACCCGGCGGGAGGGAGAGCAGGGACUGAACCUCAGGCACAGCCCAGGGACACGGGGGAGAGCGGGGAUAAAGGCAGGGUGGUGGGGUGUGAAAUAAAGACAUUUUGGGGUGUGUGUGUGUGAAAUAAAGACAUUUUGGGGGUGUGAAAUGAA